AGGAGGGCCUGCGGAUGUGGGGAGGGAAGGCGAAGUGGACAGAGGAGAGGGAGGGGGAGAGGAGAGAGGAGGGAGAGAAAGAGGGAAAGACAGACAGAAGGAAGACAGAGACAGAGAGGAGAUCCGUUCUGAGAUCCAGGAAAUGAUUUUGGGAAAGGCGGAGGAGAAAAAUAAAAAAAAAGGGGGGGGGGAUCCAAGAAUCUCUCUCUCUCUCUCUCUUUCUCUCCCCCUCUCUCUCUCAUAUCUCUCCUCUCCUUCUGUUCCGUCGUCCUGCCUUAGUGGAACUUAUGUGGCUGGGAUGGGGGGCCCUCGGGUGUCAAAACUUUGAAGAUUAAUGGAUUACUUUGUUAAUGACUGCAGGCGUCAGACUGAGGUGCUUAAAUGAUUUGUGAGGUGCGAGGCGUCUUCCCGACAGUCCCAAACAAUGCGCGGAGCGCGCGGGGGAGGCGGAGGGCAGCCUCCGGCGGGACCGGCGGCGGGGCUCACGCUCGCGCUCUCACGCGCACUGCCGAGCGCACACACCAGGUCCUCGCGGGCGGGAAGGCAGGCAGGCACCCUCGCCCCCACGCACCGCCGGGCAUCCCCACCCACACCCACAUCUAUGUAUUUUUGCCCAGAAAAAAGUGUAAAUAAAGCCUCGCUGGCCCCCAAUGAGGCGUUCCUUCCCGACUUUUUUGGAUCAAUCAAACAGACAGUGGCUUCUUUUGAUUAAAGCCCAAAUUGUCAUUGGGCAGAAGCAAUCAUGUGACAGCCAAUUCGGUCCAAUUUCAACCUUGUCUCCAUGAAUUCAAUAGUUUAAUAGUAGCGCGGUCCCCAUACGGCUGUAAUCAGUGAAUUAGAAAAAAAACACCCCAGCAGCGAUCUUCUAUGAUAGAUUUUUUUUUCCCUCCGCACUCGCCUUUUUCCUGGGCCUCGCCCCCCCAAAGCCCCUCCAGAAGAGGGAACUUUUUCUCCGAGGGGGCUCCAAGGAGAAGGCCAUGAAUUACGAAUUUGAGCGAGAGAUUGGUUUUAUCAAUAGCCAGCCGUCGCUCGCUGAGUGCCUGACAUCUUUUCCCCCUGUCGCUGAUACAUUUCAAAGUUCAUCAAUCAAGACCUCGACGCUUUCACACUCGACACUGAUUCCUCCUCCUUUUGAGCAGACCAUUCCCAGCCUGAACCCGGGCAGUCACCCUCGCCACGGCGCUGGCGGCCGCCCCAAGCCGAGCCCCGCGGGCAGCCGCGGCAGCCCAGGGCCCGCCGGCGCCCUGCAGCCGCCCGAGUACCCCUGGAUGAAGGAGAAGAAGGCGGCCAAGAAAACCGCGCUGCCGCCCGCCUCGGCCGCCACCACCACUGGCCCUGCCUGCCUCGGCCACAAAGAAUCCCUGGAAAUCGCGGAUGGCAGCGGAGGGGGCUCGCGGCGCCUGAGGACUGCUUACACCAACACGCAGCUUUUAGAGCUGGAGAAAGAAUUCCAUUUCAACAAGUACCUUUGCAGACCCCGGAGGGUGGAAAUAGCGGCGCUGCUGGAUUUGACUGAGAGACAAGUGAAAGUGUGGUUUCAGAACCGGAGGAUGAAGCACAAGAGGCAGACCCAGUGCAAGGAGAACCAAAACAGCGAAGGGAAAUUUAAAAGCCUGGAAGACUCCGAGAAAGUGGAGGAGGACGAGGAAGAGAAGUCCCUCUUCGAGCAAGCCCUCAGCGUCUCUGGGGCCCUUCUGGAGAGGGAAGGUUACACUUUUCAGCAGAAUGCCCUCUCUCAGCAGCAGGCGCCCAAUGGACACAAUGGCGACUCCCAAAGUUUCCCAGUGUCGCCUUUAACCAGCAAUGAGAAAAAUCUGAAACAUUUUCAGCACCAGUCACCCACUGUUCCUAACUGCUUGUCAACAAUGGGCCAGAACUGUGGCUCUGGCCUAAACAAUGACAGUCCCGAGGCCCUGGAGGUCCCCUCCUUGCAGGACUUUAACGUCUUUUCCACAGAUUCCUGCCUGCAGCUCUCAGACGCGGUCUCCCCCAGUUUGCCAGGCUCCCUGGACAGCCCUGUAGAUAUUUCAGCUGACAGCUUUGACUUUUUUACAGACACACUCACCACAAUCGACUUGCAGCAUCUGAAUUACUAAAAACAUUAAAGCAAAAACAAAGCAUCACAAAACAAAACCCCUUUGACCAGGUGGUUUGGCCUUCUUUUAUUCUGAGAGUUGAUUUUUAUUUUAUUUUUUUCUUGCCCUACCCUCUCCCUCCUCUAAAUGUUGGAGAUUUUCUGUUUAGUGAUUCCCCUGACCCACUUUCAGAGGCGUCUUUUACAGAUUAUUUUGGAGUUUCAGUUGUUUUAAAUCUAAUCCAACAACCCUCUAUGUGAUUUACUGAAAGCAAUAUAUGAGGCCUGCAAGAAAGUGAUCAUAUAAUUGUAUCUUCACUUUCUUUUUAUUUUUGUAUUACAUUAGGAUGCAUUGUCAUGCGUAUUUUUGGUAGAAUAAAUUCUCCUUUGCUAUAAGUAGCUUUCUUAUUUUUUC